CGGAUAAAAGCAGUCGUUUUUCCCAUGGAUUAUGCUCAUUUAAUGAUGAAACUAUCAGCGGAAAGACUGGCUGAUCUUCCCCUGCGUGUGGAUUGAAAUGGAUACAUUCGUGUGCCUUUGACAGUGAUCAGAUUUGGGAAUCGCCUGACCUGGAUUGUAACAAUGUUUUGAUCCCCUGCUUGGAUUUACAACAUUACAGCUCGCUUUUGGCUUUUAUGGAUGCAUUCUGUACUUCUUUCUGAAUACGCCCAUUCCUCUGCCCGACUGUCUAUUAUCUGGACCUCUUGUGAGGUUUAUAAGCCUGCUUGUUUUUGGCCGUGUCGUGGCAGGCUUGGGGAAACCGAUUUGUCAGCCCUGCUCGGUGUUUUGAUGCCGAUGUAGGAUUUCGACAUGCCCAGCGCUGACGACCCCAACGGCGGACGAUUAUGACUACAACAACGAAUUGGGUGGCUAACGGGGCAAGCCUUGAGGACUGCCACUCCAACAUCUUCUCUCUGGCGGAGUUGACAGGCAUCAAGUGGCGAUGCUACAGCUUCCGCAGUGGCGGGGAGUACGGGCCGGUGAUCUCAGCCCCGGCCCAGGACGACCCGGUUCUCCGCAGCUUCAUGCGCUGUGUGCAGGCCAACCUGCUGUGUGUAUGGCGACGCAAAAUCAAGCCCGAUGCCAAGGAGCUCUGGAUCUUCUGGUGGGGUGAAGAGCCCAACCUCUCUGAUGUUAUCCAUCAUGAGCUGGAAGUGGCUGAGGAGGGGCUUUGGGAGUGUGGGCUGUCCUACGAGUGCCGAACUCUCCUGUUCAAGGCUGUACACAACUUGUUGGAAAGAUGUUUGAUGGAUAAAGGAUUUGUGAGGACUGGAAAGUGGUUCUUCAAGCCAUAUGAACUGGAAGAAAAGUCUUUGGGCAACAGUGAACACCUAUCAUGCUCCUUCUCCUUCUUCCUCCAUGGGGAGAGCAACGUGUGCACAAGUGUGGAGAUUGCCCAGCACCAGCCUGCGUACCACAUCACAGAACACCACAUCCGCCUUGCACAGACCUCCAUCACACCAGUACAAGUGAUCCUGAGCCCUUACGGACUGAGCGGCACUCUAACAGGUCAGGCCUACAAGAUGAGUGACCCAGCAACACGGAAGCUGAUGGAGGAGUGGAGUUACUUCUACCCCAUGGUACUUCAGCAGAAAGAGGGAAGUGGAGAGAACGCAAAAGAAGAAGCGAGCCAGUCCUAUGAUCGCAACUGUCACGUGGCAGUGGAGGUCAUCGUAGGUGGAGUAAGGAUGACCUAUCCAGCUGCUCUUGUGCUAAUUGCCCAGGGGGACCUCCCAGUGGAGCAGCCUCCACCUGUUCCUGCAGCUCUGGGCCUCACCAGAGAGCAGAACCACUGCAGUGUGCCCCUCACACCGCCAACGUCACCAGAGCAGCCCUGCUCAGCGGACAGUGGCUUUGUGACUUCCAUCUCCAGUGUCCCAACACCAGACAGCAGCAUGGGGGUCACUAGCAUCAGCCCAAAGCAUUCUGUGAAGAAACUGUCUUGCCAUGUGGUCCAUCAGGCCUGGAGGGAAUGCUAUCUCAACCAGCCUCAACAUGUACGAAAUCAGCGAACUGAAGUGACGCCGAAGACGGAGGUGCCAAAUGGAGUAACCACAUGGGACUUCAACGAUCUGGGAGCGAGAGCACCCUGCAGCUGCUCCAGGUUGAAGCAGCAGAAGUUGAAUAUGACUACGACAUCCACUGCCAACCCCCAGACUAGUGCCAAUACCACUCAGUCCUCUGGCCCGUCAUUAUACCUUCCCUCCCUGCCCAAACACAAGACCAGCGACAAGACAGAGAAGGCCGAUAAACAGUCCAGGAGGCCAGCUAUGAUUCCAUUCCACCACCGUGUGUCUGUCACGCAGGAGACCACUCUGGAACAGGACUCACCAGGAGGGCCCCAGCUUGGUGAUCUUGUGGCGCUGGAGCCACCCUUGGAGCCUUUGGCUACUCUGACAAACUGCAAAUAUCCUAAGCCUCUCUCGAAUGGCAGGAAAGCUUCAGAAUCCCUCCUCCUUUCACCUAUGUCGCCACUUCCUCCUACACUCAGCCCUCAUCCCCGGGUGCAGGACCCAGAGGUCCUGGAUGGGCCUGUGGAUAUGCAUGUCUGUCCAGACGGGGCUUCAGGACUGGGGAUGAUCACCAGUGAGACAGCUGCGUAUUCAGCUCUGCUGAAGCUGAGGGAGAAUGGGGCUGGCUGGUGGAGAGGUUUCAGGACUCCCAGGUCUGAUAAGACUGACUGCAGAUCUGCAGAACUCCCCACUGAUUUAUUAGAGGAAGUGAAGACAGACACAGCCGCUGAGGGAAUUCCGCUGAAGAGACUAUACACACAGACUCACAAGAGAUUUAAAAUCUCAGAGGAGAGGGUGAGGGACCACGUCCAAACUUUGGGUUUGUUCCAGCAGCCAGUUGUGGAGGUGCUGCGGGAGCCCGGGGAUGAUCCCUACGACUUCAAGGAAGGAGACAUUGAGUACACUUUCUCCACUUCCAAGAGAUUAAAGAGUCAAGGGCGAGAACCCAGCAAGAAGGCCAAGGGGGAAGAAAUCACCAGUAAUGGUGCACUUCCUGAUGGCAAAGACGCUAUGUCUAUUUUCAACUCUGCUCCAAAAUCAGAUGAAUCAAGUCAGGAUGACGGAGCUGCCAAAGCCAAUCCUUCUCUGACCAGAGAAAAAGACCUGGUAGUCAACAUCUCUGAUCUGGACAACAUAUUUGAUGAAGAUGAGGAGGAACUAGGGCACUCAACCAAGCUACCAGUGUCGACAGAAGAUCGCCCUCUGGGGAAGGAAGGGAGAGUUGCAGUACCUUAUCCAUCAACAGUAGCAGACCUCCAGCGGAUGUUCCCCACCCCACCUUCUCUAGAGCAGCAUCCAGCCUUCUCUCCCAUCAUGACGUAUCGUGACACCCCGAGCCAGGAGCCCCCUGUACCAAGUGGAGCAGCUGACCACUUUCCCCCUUUAGCUUCCGCCCAGCAUACUGAAUACAGGAUGGACAUGGAGGAGGGCAUGAUCAGUCCUAGGCAGGAGGAUUUCAAGCCACAGAUAGGCUCCUCCAUGUUUGCUCCACUUGCCUGCCUACCUAGCCAGAGUCUACCGCCACUCGAAAUUCCUGAGCAAUGCUACUACCGUCAAUCCUGGGCUCUCAUGCCCAAAAUGGAGCAUUUCCCCACGGUCAUGCAUCCUCAGAACACGGCUUUCAUCAGGGACGGAUACACAAACGUCCCCAGUGUCAACACCCUCACAGACCAAGAGUACGGCCAGAUGAGUGCCACCACUGCCUCUGUGAGCACCACUGUUGGCAUCCUCCCGUCUCCUGCAACUCCUCGUUUUUCUGUGCCAACUCCACGCACUCCACGUACACCGAGGGGUAUUAACACUGCAAGCUCUGGGCAAGGUUCAGUGAAGCAGGAUGGUACUGAGCUUAGCUCCCCGGUCUCCACCCCCUCCACCAGCCUGAUUCUUAGCUCAGUAGAACCCUUAGCUCGGCCAGGACCCUCCCUGCCUGAGGCCCACAGCCUGUACUCUAUCCUCCUGCUCUCAGACUCCGUCCUCAAUGUUUUCAAGGAUCGCAACUUUGACAGCUGCUGUAUCUGUGCCUGCAAUAUGAAUGUCAAAGGAGCAGAUGUGGGAGUGUAUAUUCCUGAUUCCACCUGUGAGGAUCAGUACCGCUGUAUGUGUGGCUUUAGUGCCAUUGUGAACAGGCGGUUAGCCCAUGGUACAGGCCUCUUCCUUGAAGAUGAGCUGGAUAUUUAUGGUCGGUCAUCGGAAGUAGGCCGGGCAGCUGAGAGGAGGCUGGCUCUUUGCAGGCGGGACCCAACUAUGGGAGAUCCAAGAACCAAGCGGCCCCAGGACGCAGCUCCUGCUUCUCCCUCAGUCAUGAUCCUCCUGAAGGAACAGUGCUCCCAGCCUAUUUCUUCCCUGGCAUCACUGCAUCUCCCUAUAAGCUGUUCCUGCCAUGGCCGCAAGGGGGCACUGCUCCAAAGCUGGAUGUCUGAAAAGCAGUGGGCAGAUGGGAGCGAUGCCUGUGUGGAGUGUUAUAAUGCUCUGGAACAGGGACUGCAGUAUGUAGAUAAUCCCACGGGAGGGAAAGUGGAUCCAGCUGUUGUCAGAAGUACAGCUCUUCACUCCUGGACUCAUACUAAUGUGGUGGACAUGAGCAUGUUGUCGUCCCAAGAUAUGGUCCGUAUGCUGCUUUCGCUGCAGCCUUUCCUACAGGAUGCCAUCCAGAAGAAGAGAACAGGGCGGACCUGGGAAAACAUCCAGCAUGUUCAGGGUCCACUCACUUGGCAGCAGUUCCAUAAGAUGGCUGGAAGGGGCUCUUACGGUUCGGAGGAGUCACCGGAACCCUUGCCCAUCCCUACAGUGUUACUCGGCUAUGAUCGGGAGCGUGACUUCUUAGCGUUGUCCCCAUUGGCAUUGCCCUUCUGGGAGAAGUUGCUGCUGGAGCCUUAUGGUGGGCAGCGGGAUGUGGCAUAUGUGGUGCUGUGUCCUAAUAGUCCCUCUCUGCUGGCUGCAGCUCAAGCCUUCUUUCAGGAGCUCAGUGCUGUUUAUGAGACAUGCCGCCUCGGGAAGCACCGUCCUCUUGCCAAGGUGUCCAGGGAUGGCAUUGUGCGUGUGGGGGAGGAAGUGGAGCCAGAAAAGCUGGAGGAGCUGGGCGUGGACCAGUGGUUGACUGGACCCUGGGCUGGACAGCAACACACCGACAACCUCAGCAAACUUAAACUUUACGCUUAUGCCUGCAAGCAGCAGCUAGGUCCCCAGCUAUCAGGCCUUCCUCUGGACAGCAGUCUCCUGUUGCCUCCCAAAGUUCAGCCUCCCCUAAACCCCACAUCCUCAACCCAGCCUGCCUCUGCUGGUCAGCCUCAAGGUUGGGCCACUGAUGCAGAACAAGCUGCGGGGACUGUCAGUUCAGCAAAUGCUUCGACUCCGACUGGAGCAGUCUCAGGCCAGAUGGGGGAGACAAACCAUGGAGGAACCAGCGAGUCUAAAGGGCCUUCUAGUACCACACCGCAAGCCAACACACCAGCAGAAACCCCUGAGCUCACUGCGGAGCAAGCCAGAAUCGGCAUCCCCACUGUGGCUGACUCGAUGGAGAGUCACACCAACCCACCAGCUAUAGUUAUUUACAUAGUGGAUGCUUUUCUCAGCUCAAAUGGAACAAGAAAUGAAGGGGGAGAGGAAGAGGAGGGUGAUGAUGUAGAGGCAGGAAGCAUUUGGCUACUGGGGCUUCUUCGCUGCUACACAGAGAUGCUGCAGACUUUGCCUGAGACGAUGAGACCAGCACUGAUGCUACAGGUGGUACCAUGCCAGUAUCUUCUCCAGCCUGCUAGUGGGGAGAGCCAUUUCUACCUGCAACACCUGCGCUCCCUGGCUUUCUCCUGUUACUCCCAAUGCAGACGUCUGAUGCCCCAGCAAACACAUAUCAAGUCCCUGACUGGCUUCGGGCCAGUGUCCACUGUCAAUUCUGUGCUUAAGAGUCCAGAGCAUCCCAGCCCAGUGCAGCUGUACUGUCCCCCAUUCGUCCUUGGUCCAACCCGUCCCAAACAGCCAGAACAAGGAGAGAUAUGGGCAGAGAUUCCUCCCAAAUACAAUGUGCUCUAUGUUGGAUACUGUCUAUCACAUGACCAGCGCUGGAUCCUGGUGUCCUGUACUGACCAACAAGGAGAGCUCCUGGAGACCUGUAUUAUCAACAUUGAUGUACCUAACAGAGCGCGGCGUCCAAAAGUAUCAGCCAGGAAGAUGGGGCUACAGAAGCUAUGGGAGUGGUGUAUUGGUAUCAUCCAGAUGACGUCACUACCAUGGAGAAUUGUGAUUGGUCGACUUGGCAGACUGGGGCAUGGUGAACUUAAGGACUGGAGCUCACUCCUUGGGGAGCACUCUCUCCAUUCAAUAGGGCGCCAGCUGAGGGAGGCCUGUCGAAUGUGUGGGAUCUCAGCUGCUGACUCCCCCACUAUUCUCAGCGCCUGCCUGGUAGCCAUGGAACCGCAGGGCUCCUUAGUGAUCAUGCCUGAUGCAGUAACCAUGGGUUCAGUGUUUGGCCGCAGUACUGCUUUGAACUUGCAGACCUCGCAGCUGAACACACCUCAGGAUGCUUCCUGUACACACAUCCUAGUCUUCCCAACCUCCGCCACCACCCAGCUGGCACCAAGCUCCUACCCUACUGAGGACAAUAAUGAUGACAUGUUUGAUCUGCCCUUUCCUGAUGAACUGGAAAAUGACAUUGGCCAUGACAUGAUGCUGAUCACAGGGAACCUCCACCCUUCCCCAAACACCUCUCCUGUGCCCUCGCCUGGCUCUCCGUCCGGGAUGGGAAUAGGAUCACAUUUCCAGCACACCAGGAGCCAGGGAGAACGCUUGCUGUCCAGGGACAAUCCACCAGAGGAGCUAAAGCAGCAGCCGUUGGCUCUGGGCUACUAUGUCUCCACCGCACAAGCGAACGGACUUCCUCACUGGUUCUGGGCUUCCUGCCCACAGGCUGAGAGCCAGUGUCCACUUUUCCUCAAGGCGUCUCUCCACCACCACAUCUCCAUAGCCCAGUCAGAUGAGCUGGUGUCAGACAAGACUAAGAGGACCCCUCACCCCUUAGAUUCAAAGACCACCUCUGAUGUGCUCAGGUUUGUAUUGGAGCAGUACAACGCCCUCUCCUGGCUGACGUGUACACCUGCCACCCAAGACCGCCAGUCCUGCCUGCCCGUCCACUUGGCUGUAUUGAUCCAGAUGUACAAUGCCAUCCUGAACAUGCUUUAGCUUUGUGAACUCUAGAGGACUGACGUUAUACCUUCAUUUCCUCUGUGCCUACGCUUCCUCCUUCUGGGCACCAGAGAGCACCAGAGCUCUUCUCUUGUUUUGGAUAGACCUUAAAUCAAUAGACCAUUGAUUUAAUGGCCAAAUAAAGGACAGGGCAAAUCAGACUCUCCCAUGCCUGGAAUGUAAUGAACAAGAAGAGUGAAAUGCUCUGAAUGAAAACUUUGGUUAACCACGAGCCCAUGCAAACCCAGUACAGAACUGGUGCUGUGCCAGUUAUGGUGCUUUCUGAUGGAGAAAACAGAUGGAUCUAUCCAACUA